UGGCCAAAAUACCGUAACUAUUGCCGAAAGCCGUACGCUGAGAUAGGGUAUCGUGCCCUUGGUUCGCAUACAAGAUCGUUUAUUGCUCUCUUGGUAUGUCUCACGCAAGUUGGCUACGUAAGCGUAUUAUCGUUGUUGGCAGCGAAGAACACUUCAGUACUACUGAACUUCUUCUUCAACUUUAAGGUAAACUUUUGCUGGAUGAUUAUUACCAUUGGUCUCAUCGUGUGGCCGGUGAUUAUGUUGAAAAGUCCUAUGCACUUCUGGCAAGUGGGUGUCUUCUCUGCUCUAUCUAGUUCCAUCGCAAUAUGUCUACUUUACGUCGGGUACUUCCAUGACGGUCCGGUCUGUUUGAAGGAAUCUGAACAACGGCAGUUCGAUUGGCAAUAUUUCUUCAUGGCUUACGGAACAAUGGUGUUUGCUUUUGGUGGCCAUUGUGCUUUUCCUACUUUACAACAUGACAUGAAAAAGCCACGUUUGUUUGGGAGAUCUGUAUGGGUGGCAUAUACCCUCAUCACAUUCUACUACUUAUCGAUCGCUGUUGGUGGCUACAUUGUCUAUGGAGGAACUGUUGGUGAAGCUGUUAUUCAUUCCAUACAAUUGCGAUGGGUGCAACAAACA